CCAUACUGCGACUCAUUCUUCAUACUGCCUGUAAAACUACUCAGUACAGUUUACUUGCAAUCCUGCAUUCACUCCUGAAACAGCUCUCAUCUCCCCUGGACUUCCAGUCGACGGUUUUCCUACCUGUCCUCAACAAGAGCCAAGUGUUGCUGCAUCAAGACGUGUACCACAGCAGCCACCCUCAGCUCAAUGACAGGUCUCUGAAGGAUCUGCAUCAUGUUUGUCAUUGUUUGGACUUUUCCUCUUGUUUGGCUGAUGAUUUAUCAUCCUUGUUUGGCACAAGAUAGCAACAGGUCUAUUGAUAUAACAAAUGUGAACUGUAUUAUUUAUAACAUAUCUACGUUGAAUUGUACGUGGGAUACUAACAAAGAAGUACCAGAUGAUAGUCAAUUUAUUGUGCAUUUCAAACAGGACGAACGUGCAGCAGUGUGUUACCUUUACAUCCAAAAAACCCAAAAGGAGGAUCUUAAAUGUAAUUUUCAGCAACUAGAAAUUGAAUACAGCGAAAUGAAGAAGAUAAACAUUUCUGUAAAUGGAUCAAGCAAGGACUAUAAAAUGAAUACAUAUUCUGAAUUAUUCGAUCCAUUUUCGAUUGAGAAACUUAAUCCACCAGUUAAUGUUCGUUUGUCAUUAAGUGUAAACAAUAUAACAUUGACCUGGGAACAGCCACCUACAAAGUAUAACUUUCCAAAACAUUGUUUUAUUUAUGAAAUAAUGGAUUCCAAUGGAGCAAGUAGCCAGAAAAUGUUUAAAGGAAAUGAAAAUAUCUCAGUCACCUUUCAAAGAGCUGAUACAUCGACAACGGCUUUUCACGUGCGAGUCAGUGGGCGCUUACUCUGUAGAAACCCUGGAAUCUGGAGUGACUGGAGUGUCGUAUAUUUAAAGGAACAACAUCCCAUUCCACAGUACGUGGGUCCUGUGGUGGCAUCAGUCGUUAUAACCUUAAUCUUGAUGAUUUCAUUUUUCUUGUGCAAAAGGUUUCAAAUAGAAGAUAUAUUAUUUCCUCCGAUACCUGAUCCAAAAAAAGCUUUCAUAGGUUUAUUUCAAUCCCACAAUAAAGAUUUCAAGGGGAGGAAUGUACUGAGCUCAACAAUGGAAGAUUGUCUGCAACAACAGGAGAAAGAGGGACAGCACUCAUAAACCACGGGAGUGAACUCUUACAUGUAUUUAUAUUGUAGAAACAAUACCAUUUAUAUUGCUAAAAGUACAACUUGUUUUUUGGUAUACAAUACAACCCUGAGCCUGCCUUUCUUGCUCCCAAGCUCAACCAGCCCAAGGGAUUUCAAAUAGGUGCAUGCUGCCAUCUAAUGGAUAAAUAUUGCUCUGGUUGUGGUUUCUUUUGAAUUGGGAAAUCACCAGAGUGCAGAAUGCAGUCUGCAGGCCGCACCCUACUGUGCUGUGCAAUGUUGCAUGUAAGUUGACAACAUAAUUAGGAGUGAGUUUUUACAAGAUAACCAAUAGUUUUAUUUUUAUUCUUUAUUUUUUAUUAUGAUUGUGCUGCUUUACGACAAGGCAAAAUAAAACGAAUUAUCCAUGCCACUCCCAAGUCUAGAUUUAACUGUGGCUACAGUCUAAUAUUAAAUCUUGCGAGUGGAUCUGAUUGAAACAAAACAAAAAACAAACAAAAACAGUAAAUGAUGAGAUAUCAUUUUUGUUUAUAAAGCAGAAUACAAAAGAUACAUUAUACAUUUUCACAAACCCAAACUUUUUUAUAUAACAGUUAUGGUACCCUACAUCUCCUCCCUUUGGGUGCUACACACUAUCUGCCCCACUGGAUCUCUAGAUACUGUACCAGUCUCACAUUUAAUCAUACAACAUCAAAGGAAGAGAAAACGAGACAGCAUUGAAAUGAUCUAAAACAGCAUUUACAGCUGGAGACCCAGCAAUGUAUCCCAGGUAAUGCACCCAUACUCUUCCCUGUGUCUUUCUCAGGAUCUGGACCAACCAAUUUUUCUGCGCUGUACCACAUUUCAUUGUUGAAGGCCAUGCCAUAACCAUGUUUUACUUAGCUAUAUAGUUCUAUAUGUUAAGGUGAUUUGAUUUGCAUCUGGUAAAGUAGUCCAAGAUCAGUGCCAAUGUGUUUUCGUUCAGGACCUGCUCUUCAAGUCUAGCUGCCUGCCACAGACAUUCUGUAUGUACAGUAAUGUAGGCUAGAUAAGGACCAGUACCAUCUAGUGCACAGAAGAGUACUGCCAAAAUGGCAGAACACUACCUCUAUAAAGACACUGGCUGAUUUACCCUAAAUUACAUAUAUCCAUGGCAACUAAAACUGAACAGCAGCUGAACUAGGCCGAAGGAACCUUAACACAGACUUAGAAAAAGAAAAAAAGAAAGAUAAAUGGUAUUU